AUGUUGUUCUAUUUAUUUGUGAUUUUAUUCGCCAGUGCUCUUGUUCAGACAGCGCCAACAGAAUCUACGAUAACGGAUUUGAAAGGAGUAAUUGAAGAGAUGACCACAUUGAGACCAUCGAUUGCUAACGAAACAUCAAUUAAUUCAACGACAGAUGGUUCAAUUAGUACUGUAAUGCCAGAAACAACUACAAGUGCACAUACUACAGAAAUUGAAAUAAGUAGUACUACAACACCAAGUACAAAUGAUGAAAUUAGUACUUUGACACCAGAAACAACUACUGAAUCAUUCUUUCUGUCAACAACACCAAAUGAAUUGACUCAAGAUAGUAUAACUACUACUUUGAUACCUGAAAUAAUUACAGAUGCACCAACUACAGAAACUGAAAUAAGUAUUACUACAACACCAACUACAAAUGAUGAAAUUGGUACUUUGACACCAGAAAUAACUACUGAAUCAUUCUUUCUGUCAACAACACCAAUCGAAUCAACUACAGAUAGUACAACUACUACUUUGAUACCUGAAAUGAUUACUGAUGCACCAACUACAGAAACUGAAAUAAGUAGUACUACAACACCAACUACAAAUGAUGAAAUUAUUAGUUUAACACCUGAAACAACUACAGAAUCAUUCUUCGUGUCAACAGCACCAAAUGAAUUGACUGAAGAUAGUACAACUACUACUUUGACACCUGAAAUAACUACAGAAUCAUUUAUUGCUUCAACGACACCAUUCGAAUCAAUUACAGAUGGUGUAUUUAGUACUUUAACGCCAGAAUCAUUCCCUGCUCUAACAACACCAAUUGAAUCAACUACAGGUGCACCAAUUUCAACAUUUGAGACUAUUAAUACAACACCGAACUCGGCUACUAUUGGUGUAAUCAGUACUUCAACAGCAGAAACACCAACUACUGAAGAAACCGCAGAACAAAACAAUGAAAGUACAGAUACUGCUCACAUCUUUCACACCAGGCAGUUUGUUCUGAAACACGAAACACCAGAAUAUUGCAAUUGGUACCGAAUUAAUUGCCGCAAUUAUCUCAAUAAUCAAAGUUUCUGUACAUAUUCAUUGGUGGGAGAUUGUAAUAACUUUAAAGCUUAUCAAAUUUGGCCUAUUAAACAAUUGGUUCGACCGUUUACAUAUAUUCCAUACACAUUCAAUUACCAGUAUGUUCACAAGGAACAACGUUCCUACGGAUGUAAUUUAUAUCGAGUUAAAUGCCAGCAUUGCUAUUUUGUUAAUGUAAAAACUGAACACUGUAAUCAUGAAUACGUUGAAAAAUGCUCCAAUUAUCAAAUGAUUCAUGUCAUUAAUUCUUCAUUCUAUUAA